AUGUACUCAAUACGAAGUCUGCCCACAAUGUUGUACCGUGAACAUGCAGAGGAGGAUGGGUUUGAGGACAUGACACAGCUUGACGAACUGCAUGAAGGUGCUGUGUUACUGAAUUUGAAGAAAAGGUUCCAACGCAAUUUGAUAUAUACUUACAUUGGAAGUAUCCUGGUGUCUGUUAACCCCUACAAGAUGUUCAACAUUUAUGGAACAGACAUGGUACUGCAACAUAAAGGUCAUGCCCUUGGAGAGAAUCCUCCGCAUAUUUUUGCUAUUGCAAAUGCCUCCUACACCAAAAUGAGGGAUGCCAAAGAAAACCAGUGCAUUAUUAUCAGUGGGGAGAGUGGCUCUGGUAAGACAGAGACCACAAAGCUUGUUCUCCGCUACCUAGCUGCAAUACAUCACAAACAGAACGUCACACAACAGAUUCUUGAAGCAGCUCCUCUUUUAGAGUCAUUUGGAAAUGCCAAAACUGUACGAAAUGAUAACUCAAGUCGAUUUGGGAAAUACAUGGAAAUAUUUAUGGAAGAAGGGGUAAUCAGUGGUGCCAUAACCUCACAGUAUCUACUUGAAAAGUCCAGGAUUGUGUUUCAGGCCAAAGAUGAAAGAAACUACCACAUUUUUUAUGAGAUGCUUGCAGGCCUUCCUUCACAACAGAAACAGUCUUUCUACCUUCAAGAGGCAGAAACAUAUUAUUACCUUAAUCAGGGUGGAGACUGUGAGAUUGUUGGCAAGAGUGACGGGGAGGACUUUCGCAGGCUCCUCAGCGCCAUGGAAAUACUUUACUUCAGUGCCGAAGACCAGAAUGGUAUCUUCAGGGUCCUGUCUUCCAUCCUCCACCUUGGAAAUGUCUUCUUCGAGAGAUAUGAGACUGAAUCUCAGGAAAUGGCAUCAGUUGUGAGUGCCCAGGAGAUCAGAGUGGUGGCUGAACUUCUGCAGAUUUCCCCAGAAGGCUUACAGAAGUCCAUUACUUUCAAAGUCACUGAGACAAUGAGGGAGAAGAUCUACACCCCCCUGACAGUUGAGAGUGCAAUUGAUGCCAGAGAUGCAGUUGCCAAGAUCCUGUACUCCCUUCUGUUCAGUUGGCUAACGGAUAGAAUAAAUAAGCAGGUUUAUCCCCGGAAUGAAGCUCUGUCUAUCUCCAUUCUGGAUAUCUAUGGAUUUGAGGACCUUACCUUCAACAGCUUCGAACAACUUUGCAUAAAUUAUGCAAAUGAGUACCUUCAGUUCUUUUUCAACAGGGUUAUUUUCAAGGAAGAACAAGAUGAAUACAACAGAGAGCAAAUCAGCUGUGAAGAUGUGCCCUUUUCUGAUAACCAAGCCUGCAUUGACCUCAUUGCAGCAAAGCCUCACGGGAUACUCAGAAUUCUGGAUGAUCAGAGUGGUUUUCCCCAGGCUACAGACCAUACCUUCCUUCAGAAAUGCCACUAUCAUCAUGGCAACAAUCCACUGUAUUCCAAGCCAAAAAUGCCUCUCCCUGAAUUUACCAUCAAGCAUUAUGCCGGGAAGGUCUCCUAUCAGGUCCAUAAAUUUCUGGAUAAAAACUAUGAUCAGGUUCGACAGGAUGUCCUUGACCUUUUUAUUCAGAGCAAAAACAAGAUGGUUGCAUAUCUGUUUAUGUGCUAUGCUGAGGCCCUGAAACAACAGAGAUCCCAGGUUGGGAAGAACAGCACAGUAACACGGCGCCAACAGGCCUCAACAGUGGCAGCCAAGUUCCAACUGUCCCUCAUGGAGCUCGUUGAAAAGAUGGAGAGGUCCAAUCCAUAUUUUGUGCGUUGCAUAAAGCCAAACCAAAACAAGGAGCCUGCUGUGUUUGACGUGGAGCUGGUCAGUACACAGCUUAGCUAUUCUGGGAUUUUGGAAACUAUUCGAAUCAAGAGAGAGGGCUAUCCAAUCAGAAUGCCAUUUGAUGUCUUCCUUUUCAGAUAUAAGUCACUGUUAGGCCUCAAACAACCUCCCCCUGCCAAUGGUGAAAACUGUGUCAUCAUGUUGAGCAAGCUUUGCCCUUUGAGGCCAGGAGUGUUUCAAGUCGGAGUCACCAAGUUGUUCAUGAAAGAGGACACAUACUUCCUGUUGGAGAGUAAGAGGGACAGAGUGAGGCAUGUAGCUGCUUUGACUCUGCAGCGUUACACCAGGAUGUUCUUUGUGAGAAAACGCUACACGGCCUUCCGCAUGAAGAUCAUACGGCUGCAGGCCCACUGUCGAGGCUAUCUCACAAGGAAGCGAUAUGUGAAAAUGAAAGCAAGCCUGGUGAAAUUCCGCUCUCUGGUUCAUAUGUAUGUCGAUCGCAAGAGAUACAUUAGGCUGAGAUAUGAGGCCAGAAGGAAGGCAGAAGAGGAGGAGAGGAUGCGAGAAAUGGAGCUGUCAAGAAGGGAAGUGGUCAACGUCACUCAUCUGGUCAUUCCAGCCGAACUCGGAGCUUUGCUGAUGGCAGCUGCAGGUGGUAGAGAGCUGCAUUCUGAUUGCUUGGCUCUAGUUCAGGCUCCCACGGUUCAGAUGGAGUCCCAGCACACGCUACCUCUCGACAUCAACAACUACACCAUCUCGAAAUUUGUCCAGAUUUACUUUAAAGAGCCAAAGUUUGGGAUGUUAAAUGCAACUUUGAAGACACCAUUAACCCACAUUGAUGAUGAUCUUACAAAUGAGGCGCUAGAUGUUUUUGUUAUGAUCUUGAGGUUUAUGGGUGACCCACAUCUGAAUGGUGCUCAAGAGAAUUUAUUUGGAAAUUACAUCAUCCAGAAGGGGCUCACCAACCCUGGCUUGCGGGAUGAAAUCUUGUGUCAAAUUUCCAAUCAGGUCUGGAGAAACACCAAUCCAGACAACUCAGAGAGAGGGUGGCUGCUGCUUUUAGCCUGCCUGAGUGCAUUUGCACCAUCAGCCAAAAUGGAGAAAUACCUUCUGAAGUUUGUCUCAGACCAUGCCUAUAAUGGAUUCAAAGCCUUUGGCCAACACAAGCUAAUACAAGCCAUGCAGAAGUCCCUGUACGGUCCUGAGACAGCAAGGACCUACCCACUGUCACUGUUGGAAUGGACAGCCAAUAGGAAGAAAGCAAAAAUGGUUUUGCAAGUGCACUGUUUUGAUGGGACCUCUUUCCUGUGCCCUGUGCACUCCUGGACAAGUGGGGAGGAAUUGGCUGGAGAUAUUCUACAGCACAGGGGUGUGACGGAGACCUGGAAGGGUUGCUCAGUCACCAUGAAAGAGCAUGGACAGUGGGCGGAGCUUGCAGGGCACGAAUAUGUGAUGGACUUGAUUGCAGACAUGGAGCUGAUGAGAAAUUUUCCGAAGCAAAAGUCCUACUUUAUCAUCUCAGCUGAGAGUCCUACCAGAACCAGACCCAAUGCCAGUCUUGCUCUUUUUGGAAGUGCAUUUGAUUCUGAUGACGACAGCUCAUUUGUACUGCCCCGGGCAAAGGCCAGCUCCAGUCUCCCAGAUUCAGAUGGAUAUUACAGCCAUGAAUCAGACCACAAUGAGGCUCCAACCCAGAAAGGCAUGGACAGAUAUCUCGACAGCCUGUUUGACCCAGUGCUGUCUGAUGGGGUGAGUGAAGAUAUGGAGAAGUCAUCCAGCAUAUCUAGUCGUAUGAAGGGAAUGGGUGGGAUUGGAGGGGAAGAUGAUGACAUGGAGAAGCCCCUCACCAACAGGCCGUAUCCCCCAGGACUGCAGCCCGGUGCGGUGCCAGUUUUACCUGUUAUGGGAGGAACAAUGAUGCCACCUAUACCUAUGCCAGCAAUGCCCUCUGUGCCUCAUGCACCCGCCCCAACCUCUGCACCCUCAGUACCCUCAGUACCCCCAAUGCCUUCAAUGCCAGCUAUGCCUUCUAUGCCAGCUUUUCCUGCUAUGCCACCUUUCCCUAAUGUGCCACCGAUGCCUGAUAUGUCAGGUGUAGAUCCAGCUGUUUUAGCACAGCAACAGCAAGCCAUCAUCAACCAGCAAGCGAUCAUAUUGGCUCAGCAGAUGACAAUGCAAGCCAUGGCCUUCCAGCAUCAGAUGUAUAAUUCAGCACAAAACACACACAGUGAGCAUAUGCCAGCACCCCGCUCCAGGGAGUCCAGCCCUACUAGGUAUGAAACUGGACCUGUUUCCUACAAACCAGCCCCAGUUUCCCCACAUAGAUCACCACAGCGACAGCACAACGAAACUAGGAGGGAUCCACCAUCAGGGGAUGUCAUGAGAAGCACAAUCUCAAACUCAGAACAUUUACAACCAAGUCACAACAUCAAAGACAUCAUCAAACAGUACCAGUGUAACCCUGUAAAACCAGCAGAGAUUCCCAGAAGGGAAGCUAAAACAUUUUUGAAGAAACCAGACCCCCAUGAUGAAGCUAUGACAAUUCUUAAGGACCAGAUGAAUGCUCCACCUCCACAGCGAAAAAAGACCUACGCUCCGGUCUCUUCCUCAUCAUCUGCAAGGGAGUUUGAUUAUGAUGGCGGGGCAUUAAAACCAGCAAAAAGCAUAAAGACAAAGAGAUCACCUCCUGUGCCAGCUGUUAGUCAGAGAUUACCCGCCCCUGCACCUGUAUCUAGAGAACUUCCAGUAGAAGAGGAGAAUGUUCAGACUCAGCUGCACAAGAGGAGCAGCGAUGAGCACUACACCUACACCAAUGUACCCUGGAAAAUCUACCUGAGAAAAGAGGUUUUUUAUCCAAAAGACAGCUUCAAUCACCCGCUGGUACUUGACCUCUUGUUUAAACAGAUUGUGCAUGACACAUUCUCAGAGGCUUGCAUUCGCAUUACAACAGAAGAGAGGCAGAAGAUGAAAUCUAUCUUUGUGGAGCACAGCAUUGACAUCAAUACCGCAAUCCAAGAUGAGAAUGUGAAGAAGAAUGUUGUAGUUGCUGCAAGAGACACCUGGGAUAUCUACUUCUCACGCCUUUUCCCAGCAUCGGGCAGUGUAGGAACAGGCGUCCAGGUGCUUUCUGUGUCUCAUAGAGGGAUCAAGCUUUUAAAGAUGGUCAGGAGUAGUGCAGUAGCACCAGACUACUUCAGAGUUCUGCGACCCUACAGCUACACAGACAUCAUGUUUGUCACCAUUCCCUCAAAGAACAUGCUGGAGUUCAACCUCACCAAUGAGAAACUGAUUCUUUUCUCUGCCAAAGCUCCUCAGGUCAAAACCAUGAUUGACUACUUCAUCACAGAGCUGAAAAAGGAUUCAGACUAUGUAGUUGCUGUGCGUAAUUACAUUACAGAUGAUAGAACACUGCUGAGUUUCCAUAAGGGAGACAUUAUACGCUUACAGAAGAUGGACGGCCUGGACGCAGGCCAGUGUUAUGGUUUCAUAGUGAAAAGGAAGGUGAUUCUACUGGAAGAAUUAAAAAGAGACACACUUGAUUUUGGCUGGAAGUUUGGUGCUGUUCAUGGCCGAUCUGGGGGUUUUCCUGUGGAGUUUGUACAGCCAGUGGCUGCUCCAGACUUCAUUAACAUUCCUGUGGAUAAGAAAGAGGAACCCAAGAAUAAGCAGGGUCGCGUGGCUGCCUCGGCCGCUGUGGCUGUGGCCGUGGGGUCCGCCGCUGCAGCCCACGAAUUGGACCGCUCCAUUGAGGUGGCAUCUCCAGUCAGUGAUUAUGCAGAGGCCUACACAGACAGUCCUGACAUGGACAUUGAUGAGAGAAUCCUGCAGGACAGCCAAUACAGCAUGGUGGAGUUUGCCAAGAAGUACUUCAGAGGGGCCCAGAGGAAAGAUGGUGAUUUGUAUAAGAAAAAGUCAAAGAAAGGAAAGGACGUUAGUGAACCAUCAGAAAUGGUGAAAUAUUCCAAGUCCCCCAUUCAAGAGUCUCUGAUUGAGUUCACUGAUGAAAACAUUAACAAAGUGGCUACAGAGAUAUUUCUUUCUAUAAUGAAGUUUAUGGGGGACUACCCUAUGAAAGGCCAGUCUGAGGAGAAUAUUGUCAGCACAAUCCUGAGGAUGAGUGGAGAGUAUGGACUGAUGCGCGAUGAAGCUUACUGCCAAGUGCUCAAGCAGAUCACUGGGAACACCAGCUCCAAGGCCGAGAGUUGUCAGAGGGGUUGGAGGCUGCUCUACAUCCUCACUGCAUACUACAAGUGUUCAGAGGUGCUCAAACCUUACCUGCUCAAAUAUCUCCAAGAUGUCUGUGCAAGUCAAGGGGUGCACUUUCAAGGUAUUGCCAAGGCUUGUGAGCAAAAUCUAAGGAAGACGUUCCAGUGUGGUGGCCGUGUAGUGUAUCCUAAUGGCAUGGAGCUGAAGGCUAUGCUGGCUGGACGGAGCUCCAAAAGGCAGUUGUUUCUGUUUCCUGGUGGAAUUGAACGCCACUUAAAAAUUAAAACCUGCUCAGUGGCUUUGGAUGUCAUUGAAGAGCUGUGCUAUGAGAUGGGCCUGCAUAAAAUUGAGGCCCUGGAAGAGUAUGCUAUAUUUGUGGUCACAAACAGAGGUCAGAAUGUCCGCCCACUAAACAAAAGGGAGUACAUCUUGGAUAUUGCUACAGAGGCAGAACACGUUGAUAGCACCUACAGUCUGUGGUUUCGACGAGUAAUCUGGACACAGCCACUAAAGUUUGACAAUGAGCUCGGAGUCACUAUGCAUUACAAUCAGGUUUCCCCUGACUACUUGAAAGGGCUGCUCAAUAUCAUCCCACAGGGUAAGGCCAGUGAUCAACAGCUGCAACAAGUGUCAAAACUGGCCGCUCUGCAACAUCGUGCCAAGGACUCUGUCUACCUCCCCACCCUCCAUGAGGUUCAAGAGUAUAUUCCCUCCCAGCUCUUUGGGUUCCAGCGGCCUCAGCAAUGGCUGAACAUGGUGAUCCAGCAUAACCAGCAGGUCCAGGCGCUCAGUCCUCAUCAGGCCAGAGCACAAUUUCUGGGGCUUGUCAGUGCUUUUCCCAUGUUUGGCUCAUCAUUCUUCUACAUACAAAGCAGCAGCAACAAUGCUAUUGACACCCCAUGCGUACUGGCUGUCAAUCAAAAUGGUCUGAACUUUCUAAGCAAAGACACUCAUGAGCCGAUGGUGAAGUUUCCGCUGAAAGAGGUGCAGUCCUCCCGUACACAGAGGCCCACAGCUGGCUCCAGUUACCCAUAUGUGGAGAUAAUGCUGGGUGACCUGUUGUCUCAACGCAUUACACAGUUACAGCUUGACCAGAGUCUUGAGCUGUGCCGUGUCAUUGCUAUGCAUAUGGAGAACCUGCUGUCGGUACGAGAGAAGAGGCUGACUCUGCCUCCUAGUGAAAUCACUCUGCUCUAGUACCCCUGCCCACAGCUGUUAUUUAUUACUGCUUUAAUGACAAUAAUUGCAAUCAGGCACUAAGUCAUUUACAUCGAAAUACCACCUGUAAUUUUUGACAAUUCCAUCUGUCUGUUUGGGAUUUCAAAGCCAAAUACCAGAUAGCUUGUUCACAAUAGUUUGCAUGCAUUCCAUUAGGUUUAACAUAUGGCCCCAUGAUUUAAAUCAUUACUGUUACUACCUCUGGUUCUGGACACAUAUUCAGCUAGACUUUAUAUAUAUAUAUAAAGAGAGAGAGAGAGAGAUAGAUAGAGAUAGAAAAAAACAUAUUUUUUA